AUGGAAGCCAGCCGUUACGAUUCAGAGUCCCGACGCGCACUACAACAUAAGCCCGUUCACACCAAUGGCUCUGUCGACCCAAAAAUCCAUUUCUGCGGCAGCGGAAUUCUGCUUUUCUUUAUUUUCCAUAUAAUUCGGUGCUCUUCGUCAACAAGCAAUGCGAUCACAGCAUUGGUUUCUCUGUUAUCCAACCUCUUUUGUUUUGGUACUUCUGCUUUUUCCCAUUACUUACUUGACUCGGGGAAGCAGCUCUCUUCCUCCUUCUUCCUGUUGGACCACAUCGGAAUUAUUCUACACAUAUGGGGGACGUCCGUAUCGGUCUUGCUAUUAGAGAAUUCUGGUAGUGGGAAAAUCAUUUCAGUAAUUCUGGGAAUCACACUGGCCGGGAUUGUCUGUGCCACCUAUUUGAUAACCUGGCCAAGAGAGAAGAAAGAACGAAUGCUGGUCAUUGGGGUGUUUGGAGCAUUGGCCCUAUGCAGCGUCUCACUCUACAAUGCUGUUUUCUCGAGCACCUCUCGACUGACGGCAUCUUAUAUCUUCUUGGCUGUGGUCAAUGGCAUCGGAGGGUGGUUCUACUCCCGUGGGUCUAUUCAAAUACUGAAUCAACGUUCAAGCAAGCCCUAUACUGUUUCGGGGCAUUCGUUGAUGCACCUAUGCUCACUGAUUACAUCAAUAUCUCACGCUUCAACUCUGGCAUUGUCCAUCUGCAUCUGA